AUGCCUCACCAAGAUGCUCAGUCUGGUCGGAUAUCUGAUGGUCAUGUGAAGUAUGAAUUCUCCAAAUUCGUACAGUACCGUCAUCUGAUGACGAGCCUAGCAGAGUCGAGUCUUGGGAAAAGGCAAUAUGGCGGAUUCUACUUCCGUGUCCUCACCGAAAUUCCAGAUCCAAAUGUCAUUGCCAUUGCUUGCAGCGAGCAGCACAGAGUCGUGCGGAAAUACAACUGA